GUGCGCUUGGCGCACGCGUCCCGGAGCGCCGCUUCUCCGCCUACGCGGCGCGGAGGCGGACUGCUACCGACCCGAGUCGAGCCGGGCCGAGCCGGAGCGGAAGGAGUGAAGCCGAAGCGAGCCGGGUCCCCGCGUACGGAGCGAAGGGAGGCGAGCAGACAGCAGCCGAGCCGGCCUGCCGGAGGCGAGCGGCACCGAGCCGUUAAGCGUUUUGCCGAACGGGACGGGCCCCUGUCCUGCUGGAGAGAGAGGAAAGCCUCACGCGUUCGCUGCGAGAGGUUCGUUCUUUAUCUCUCAUGCAUCAGCAGAUCAGUGCAUCAGCAGCGACGGAUCGGAGGCACGUUUUAGAGCCACUCGCUGCCCCCAGAAAGGACUUGGACUGGUGCAGGCUCAGAGAGCUGGAAGCGUCCCAUGGUUUAAUGCAUCAGCGCAAGAGGCAGCAGAGAGUCGUGGCUGUCAGUGGGACCUUAAUUGCUUUGCCCCAAAUCCAGUUGCAGAUUUGUAUUCAGCCUCAGCCACAAACCCUGGCAGAGUGGGAUGCUUUGGUACCAGAACGUGGAGCUGUUGUAAGUGCAAUUCCUCAUUGCAAAUGGUUCAGAAAUGGAUUUCCUUUGGAAAAUGGGGGCAGAAAUGUCUCUGUGCACACGCUCAGAGGACAGGUCCCUGGAUUGCAGUGCUGCUCCAAUGGCCUGUGGUGGCUGCAGGCAGCCGCGGCCCGGGGAGCCCAAGACUCAGCGUGUGGAAGGGUUGGGAGCAGCCCUGGGUGCCUGCAAGGAUUCGGGAGGUCAGCUGAGCAGGCCCGAGCAGGUCUGAAACCCUGCCACGGAGAGGCACAGGCACCGCAGCAGUGCCUGCAUUUCAGCAGCUGCCCAUCGGAGCUAAGCACAGCCUCGGCUCAGAGCUCAGGAGCAUGUCUGCUGGGCAGUGCUGGGGGCCAGGCAUCCCUCCUGUGUGUGCAUGGCCCACAUGCCAGCACCCUACAGUCAGAGCUGACUGUGUGCACUGGAGGUGGAGUGUUGGAGUGGGAUCAGCUCAGAGCUCUGCAAGGUUUGCACUUUGCUUUCCACUCCACUGGCCAAGCCAGCCAGAUGUGCAGCAGCAGCAGGAUGGGCACGAGGGCCCCAGCUGCUGCGGUGAAUCCGUCAGCACGGACGCUGGUGCCGCUGCAGCCUGGCCCUGCAGCCUGGCAGGGUGAUCUCCUUUGGCUCGGCUCCUGUGGGCUCCAGAGCUCUUCUCCCUGGGUGCUCUUUCUGCUGCAGAACAAAGAAGGAGCCACACCAAGUAGCAGAAUGUGCCACAUGUGCCCUUCCUUUCUCCUCAAGGAGUUACUUGAAAGAGGCCAGUGCCAGCCUUGCUCCAACCUGCUUUCAUCUGGCUGUGGAGCUGCUGCUGAAUGAAUGUCUCCUUACUCA